GUGAUUUUCCAACCCCUGAUGCUGCUUUCGUCGUGAGAACGAGUGUAGUGUUUUUCCGAAAAAGAUGUCCGCGGAUGAGCAAAGCGGCCGGAAUGUGAUUAGCAGGCAUCACGGCGCCCACUUCCCGGUCUGGCAGGAACGCGGUCGUCCUGGAUGCGGUUCGAGUCGCUGAAUGUCGUCCCUGUUCUACCUCUUUGCGAAAAUUGUAAACCAUACCCGUCAGAUUGACCAGACCAAAAGCGACGAUAAAGUUAUACAAGAUUUGUACAGCAAUAUCUGGGAGCCCCUUGGCGGAAUUGCUGGACAAGUGCAUGAGGUCACCAUGUUUCAGAAAGAUCACGAAGAGUUGUACAGGAAAACACUUGAAGUGAUCCUCUCGAUAAAUUGGGAGAAAAUUCCAAAAAUCAACAAAACCUGUCUACUAACUGUCCUCGAGACAUGUGCCAAUAAAUUAGAGAAAAAGUCUCCUUUAGCCUCAGAGAGAUGUAGAAUAUUAGCCAGACUAAUCAAAGACCCAUGGGACAGUACGCUAGUCGAGUUUCUGAACAGCACCAUUCAGACUGCGAAAGGAGACAAGCUGGACAGCGAAAGCAAGCAGCUGCCUCCAGCUUAUCCAGUCUUGAAUAAUCAAAUUGUGGAGUAUAUUAACUCGCAGCCUGUAGAAGUGCUGACCACUAGACUGUCCAUUCUGGUAAAAGCCUCUGCCUUCUUGGCACUGAACCUGGCCAGGGUUUGCAUGAAAUGUCUGCAAAACCUGGAAGAGGAGGAUCAAAACCUCUUUUUCGACUACUAUGUGGGUCUACUGUACAAAUUCAAACUCAUCAAGGAGUUUUGCGAGGAGGUUCUUCAUGAUCUGAAAGUAGAGUAUGGACUGCAACUUCUCCAGAGGUACUCUCGGCUCGAAACUCUGGCGCCGAGUACUCUCCUCAAGAAAAAUGGGAUGAAGCGAGCCAGCCAGUCCAUCAUUAACCACCUGCUAACUCAAGUGUUGGUCAAAGAAAGUGUUCUCAAAUCUGAAGAGGAUCAGGUGUUUGUUGUGGCCAAGAAGUGGCUUGCGCUGAACAUGGAGUGGGCAACACCCGAAUCGGAGAUGCAAAUGCAGAUCACUCGGUACGGAGACACGGCCGCAUCCACUCUUCACGCAUAUCUCAUGUGCAAGGCAAUCCAAACCCAGCUUGGGCCUCGUUCCUACCUAAACAGCGACCUUCUACAGAUGAUAAUUCGACGAUUAAACGAAGGUCACAAUGAGGUUAAAAAGCACAUUCAGGACAGAGACAAUUUGAAAGUGGCCACUGAGUCUGGUGAGGAGCCCGACAUCGAUAAAGUGAGAGCCGAUCUGAAACGAGAAGUUCUGGAGGCCGAACACAGACUGGCCGAGGAGUUCCUCCUGCUCGGAGACUUGGUGCAAGACUGCAUGGCCGCCUACCGAGAGUGCCUGCUCACUGCCUUCUCCUUGCGACCAACACCCGAGGGACUUGAUGAACUGGAGAAGAUUGCGCCAAACGAAGAUGCCAAUGGAGCAGUCGGCAUGCUGAGUCUCACUGGAGAAACAAUAGGCUGCAAUGAUGAUGUGUGUGACGAUCUCCUUAUCAUUCUGAACUCAGCUCGGUGGCAGCUGCUCAAGUGGGAAACCAAAUGGGAUGAGCUGAAGAAUCUCUGCACAGAGUACCUCAAGGACCCUGAGAGGGUUAGGUACAAAAAAGAGGAGCUGAAGCAUGCAAAGGUGCCUGUCUACAUGGACUACGAGGAUAUCCACCAAGACAGACUGACGCGGAGAAACAGAGCAAAGGAGUCUGACGGGUAUGAAGAGAUUGACUUUGGGUUGAGCGACAAUUACUCCGAUGGUGAACCCAAGCCAAAGAAGGUGCGGACUGUGUCCUCAUCCGAAUCAGACUUUUCGGAUGAUUUGGAUGUAUAUCAGAGAACAGUAUUGGUAGUGAGUAGCAGUGAGGGCGAAUCUAACUCUGAACCACAGCUGACGCAACCUGUGCGUUACACAUACCCAUCGCGAACUAAGGAUCCCAAGCCAGAGUUUGGCAAUAGGAAACCUAACUUGGAUCUGAUCAGCAAACUACGAAUUCUCAAGCACAAUAGCACAGCAGUGAAGGAAAGUGCGCCUAGCUUAGCAGGCCAGAACCUGCAGCCAAAGGUCAAGGUGAGCAUCAUCAGAAACGGACUGUCCUCCUUGUCUCACAAGAGACUAUUGGCUAUUGUUCCGGGAAUCAGAUCAAUGGAAAACUUCACACCUGCUCCGCUAAAUCCGACUGUUCAGGUGGUGCAGGUUGGUCAAGGAGUACCACCGCCACAGACAAACUCUUCCCCGACAGUCAGCCAGCCGCCUCCUGAACCGCCCCCACCUCCGCAGCAGCCGUCAAACGGUCCAGCAACCAACACUGCUCCAACAGAGCAACUACCAAAGUUCCAGCAGGUCUUUGGAAAGAAUUUCCAGCAGCAGCCUCAAACCCAGGGGACUCCUCAGGUUACCCCACAAGCAGCCCCUCAGCCUCCUGCGCAACCAACUCCUGCAGUGCAGCAAGCAGUGGCCACUUCGCAGCCAGUCCAACAGCAGCAAGUCACAUCUGGCCAGUCUAGGACUGUGACAAAUCAAGCAAGUCUUCUUCGAAUGGCCACCCCUGUCCAAAUCACGCAGAGCAGUUUGGAGGCCCUCAUUCAGGCACACCCUCAACUGGCUUCCGCCCUGGCAGGUCGGGAGGGCAGAAUAAUGUGCUUCAAGCAAGGCUCAAACAUCAUCCUGACAGACAGACUCAGGCCUGAAGUCCAGCCCGGCACCUCGGGGCUCAAACGGCCUGUCAAGAGACCCCAAGAAGCAACCCCUGCUCCUUCUAAUAACAGCCAGUUGGAAAACGAGCUGCGGGAGUUUGACGCCGUCUUGAGAAGUGUGAAGGAGCGAGACGGCAGCAGCAACAACCGGCCAGAACCAGCUGCCACGCCAACCCCACCAGCCCCAACACCCACCCCCACGGUGACAACAGUGGUGACUACAACCCCCACUACAGCCCACUUUUCGCAGCCGCCCCCUCUUGCCUUCCCAAAGACGACAGCAACCGUCUCGAAAGCAGCGCCUGCCAAGAAAGUGCCUCCUCCGAAGGCGACGGUGGCCACUUCAACAACGUCCCCUCCCCUGAGCACAAACUCUCCCGCCCCUGCUUCUUCAAGUUCCACACCGAAAGCAGCCGCCCCCACCAAGACUCCUCCAAAGGCCUCUGUAGAGGACGAGCAGACGCAGAAGCGUAUUUAUGAAAUUCUGAGCGAAUACACCGAGCAGUUGAGAAACUCGCCUGACCUCAACAACAAGCCUGCCCCCAGGAGGCGUUCAAACCCGCCCACCAACCCAAGCCCAAAGCGCAAGAAGAAGGCCAAAGAGGCUGACGAGCAUGUGCCAAGUGAGGACAGUUCGAGCAACUUGGCCCAGGACAGCGAGGAGCACGACUCGGUCAGCGAAUCUGGCUCGUCCUUACCUGCCGAGUCGCCCCCUGCUCCUCCAGCUGUAGAGCCGCCUCCACAGCCCGCCCCCACUGUUGCUAUUGCCAUUCCAGUUUCACAGUCAAAACCGCUCGUCCUGCAGAGGCAACUAAUGGUUGUUGGGAAGACUCCAGGCCAAAAGUUGUUCCGGGUCAUUCCAGCGCACAACAGCAACCUGCGGGCGCUCACCUCGGCGCCAACCUUGCUGCUGCAGCAGAUGUGCAAGCCCGAGCAGUUGAUCAACUUCCAGUCCGUCAGAAGUGUCAAGCUUCCAGUCAUGUCGACGCAGUCUUUGUCAGGGGUGCAGACGCAGCAGCCAGUUGUAAUGCCGUUUGCCUCUCAGGGCAUCAAAAAGGAGGUGGACAACACUUUGAUCGAGACCCUGCUGCAGGGAGAAACCUUGAAGACUCAGGUUGAGGAGCACGUCAAGGUUGAGCCAAGCGAGGAGGAAGAAGAAGAAACCAAUGCCCAUUCAGCAUCACAGUCUCCCGUCCCAGAAACCAAAGCUGCCGCGCCUUUGAGGGUCAAGUCGGUGCCGGCAAAGUGCACCACGCCCCUGCAGGAAAAGAAACGCAGACUUGUGCGUCAAGACAACAUGCAGAAAAGCUUGUCCGAGGAGUGUGAGGACCUGGGCGUGGAUGCACCCAGUACCUCUGAACUCUUUCCUGACGCCGACCUGCCCUUUGAAUUGUCCAAUAACAGCGACUCCAGUCUCUCAUACUUAGACACUUGUCAUCAGCAGCAACAGCAGCAGCAACAACAGCGGCGUCGAAACGGCGCCGAGGUCAAUGGUCGUGGUGCCGCCACUGACGGAGGAAGUGAGGAUAGCAGCGCUGCUGGCGACGAGUCUCCUAAACGCCGGAAAUUGUGUCUGACGAGGCCGUUUGCGGCCUUGAAAAGCAGGAAGGAGGAUGAGGCUGCGGACACGGACGGCUCAGGUGAUGAGGCCGCCAAGGCAAAGAGGGCGGUGAAGCCCAGGACGUCUUGCGCCUGUUGCGGUCCCACAGCACCCAAAGUCGCCAAGAAAAUGAAUGGCAAGGCUGGGAAGAAAAAGUAAUAGAGCUCCAAGAUUGGGUUUUGGCCUCAUUAAAAUUUUAAAGUUUCUGAUUGUUACUACGUUUUUUGUAAUUUUUUUUUUCUUUUUUAAUUUCAUUUGACUACGCCUCGGAAAUUUUUUUGAUGUUUUUAUAUGAUUUUUUGAAAUUAUGACAUGGUCAAAGACCCUGAUCUGAGUGUCUGCAAUUCUGGCCAAGGGCAGUACAAAGUACUUAAAAAACAUUGAUUGCUUCGGAAGGCGCUCAAGCCAUGAGCGGCGCGGACGAGGGACUAUUUGGUGUUUCAUGUUCCAAUAGAAUUGUUCUAGAUGCAUUCCUAGUCACAUUAUGAAUGUAUGACUGAUUAAUUGUUAAUUCAUUGAUUGCAGUUCAUUUGUCUUCUCGCCAAAUUAUGUGCAUUUUAUUAAUGUAUCUCAAUUGCAUUACCGUUUUGUUCAUCCAUCAUAUUGUGGUCUCAUGAAUGAGUUCCGGGACGAAGGUCCACUGUAUUAAAGCUCAAUUUGCGCCUCACGUCUCGUACAAAUUAUCGUUUAAUGAUCAACUCCGGUUGCCAAAAGUUUCAAUCACGUGUCAGUGAAAAAAAAGUGUUGAAUUUUUAGUGAAAAGUGCACUUCCUGCGUAAACAGAUAUGCAUUUUCCAAAUGUAAAUUUUGGUUCAUCUGUGCUGAGAAAAAUUGUGAAUUUCAUUUGUAUGUGGCGUGAUUCGUUUUGUUAUUUCUUUUUAUUACUUGACUUGCUUCCAGUUAAAUUACAUUUCCAUUGUAAGGGAGCUUUAAAAAUGAAGAGAGUCACCCUAGGCAGAGAGUCGUAAAUAUUAAAUAACGCGCACCUCUUAAAUUCUUAGGGAGAUUUAAAAUUUGUAUAAAAACUCGUAAUAUUCAAGCUAUAGCAAGUUAGACAAUUUGCCCCUGGAUAUUUCGGUUUGGUGUUUUUUAAAAAAACUACUGCUCCGUGUUCGUUGUAAAAUCAACUAAUCCCCAGUUGCAUGAAAUGCAUUCCUUCGUUUGACCCCUAAUUGCGUUGAGCAUUAGUGUAAAAAAGUUUUGCCAGUUGGUUUUACCACGCGCACGAGCUACUCGUCAAAAAUUACAAAUCUAUAUACAGAAUUUUAAGCGUAAUUAAAAACGAAUGAUUAUCCCAAACUCCAUAAUGACAGAGCAGUAUGUGAAAAAAAAUUGAUGGAGCCGAUUUCUGUUGUUCUUCUGUUGUCUGUGCGGUUAACAAACAUUUCCAGUACUUGCUGUGUGAGUGUAAACCUUAAAAAUCAUAUUAGAGCAUAAAAACAACAGGUACAUAAGCGAAAAGAAACAAAAGUUGUUAUGUCUAUGAAAUAUGAGUGUACAUAAUAAGUCAUUCGAUUGUUAAUUAUAUAUAAUUACAUAUAAAAUAAUAUGACUGAUGAUUGUCUCGAAACAACAAUUUCUUCCUUUCUGAGAGAGCUGCUGUUUACUGCAUACAUUGAUUAAUUGAUAUGAUUUUUUGUUUCCUCCUCAAUGUGUUCCCAAUUCAAAAAAGAAAGAAUAACAAGAAUGUGAGAUUUUGUUUCUCGAUGAUACAAAUUUCAAGUACGCUUGAUUCUCAUGGUGAAAAAAAUACAUACAAGUUUGAUACUUCGUGUAAUGUAAGACGCAUGUAAAUUUUUUAUUUGCGCGGUGACUCCUACAAUAAAAUAAAUAAAAAACACGUUUCAAC